UCUCGGGCGAGUCGGACUUCGGAUUAAUGCAGUUGCAUGUUCAUUAAGCCUCUACCAAUGGUUCGCGAAGAUACACGUCUACCCUGUCGCACGAGCGCCAACCGCAAAAGCUUUGACUGCGCGGGUCCUUCCGCCCCGGUGGCAAGAGUAGUGUCUUAUUGUCCCUUCGAACGACCGAUUUGCUGCCACUAAGCUUUGCGAACUUCUUCUCCGUCGGCAAACCUAGUUUCCCUACUCUGUUUGACCUUUGGUCACCUGCGCGAACUAUCUUGAGCGAAAGUUCUCGGAUCGAACAUGAUGCAUUCCUCUUACUCUGUUGCAUCAGUGGUGUGUUGUGCUAUUUUCACCUUUCUGGCGGUGGUUGCUGUUCUGCUUCGCCAAUAUGCACAAAGUUUGAAGAAGCAACCUAUGACAGCCGAUGCAUGGUUUCUUCUUGCAGGUCUUAUAAUCAUCGUAGCUCACGGUGGUCUGAUCAUUUAUGGAGCCGUUGAUGGUGGGUUGGGGUGGCCGAUCCAAGAUCUGAAAGGCUCCAAGGUUUUCACAUUCCGGAAGGUCAUUUGGGCGAGCCAGGUACUGUGGGUUGUCUCUAUCACGUUAGUCCGACUAGGCCUACUGUUCUUCUACAAACGAGUGUUUCCCACGCCAAAAUUCAAGAUCGCAGACAACAUACUCAUCGCUUUUACAACAUGUUGGGGUCUCACCUCCGCAAUCGGAACAUUAGCUGCAUACCGCGUCUACCAGUUCGAGCAGCCGAUCAACUAUCCCGUGUGGCUGCUUGUCAACUCGAUCCUCAAUUUUGCCCAAGAUGUCGCCACGUUGUGUCUCCCGUUGCCUGUCAUAAAGAAUCUUCAUAUUAGCCGGACACGCAAGUUCCUUGUCGCAGGCAUCUUCGGUCUCGGCUUCUUUAGUAUCAUUGCCUCCAUCGUACGGACAGUUUACUUUAGGCGCUUGAUGGAUCUUACUCCACUACAACACACAUUUUCUUCUACAACGGUGUAUUGCACCAUUUGGUCUAUCAUAGAACCAUGCAACUCGCUCAUCGCUGCCUGUCUGCCCGCUCUUGCACCUUUACUGCGCAAAGAACAUCGCGGCCUUCCCACAGUCAUUCGAAGCAUGUUCUCAAUGGUGAGCCUGAGGUCUGGCAGCAACAGAAGUGGCGGGAGCCGCCGACUAGCAGGAGAGAGUGCCACCGAUCUCACACAGGGAGCUGAGACUACAACUCGGAAGCCGAACAAACUUCACACUGUUGAAUCUCAGGUAUGCAGCGAUGAAUACGAGAUGGGCAGGCCUCAAUAAGAUGAUACCCCCACCCGAGCAAAUUUCAAGCGUAAAUAUGGCAAGAUACGUUCAAUAAUCGUUUUGUCUUUCCUCUCCAGCGAUGGGGUCACUGGUCGUACACGACUCACCGAAAUAUAUGUAUAUCUCGAUGGCAAAAUCUCUAGUAAACUCUUUGUAUUAUGC